AUGAAGAAAGCAAAGAAAUCCUUGAGCACACAUCCCACUACCACUAGACCCUCCACACCCAUUACACGAUCCACUACUAUUAGACCUACUACUUCUAAUACACAACUCUCCACCGCUGAAUCAGCCACAUCCAUCACACAACCCAACACUAAUAUACCUAUUACUUCUACUACACAACUCUCCACCACUGAAUCAGCCACUACACGAUCCAGCACUAAUAACGAUAGACCUACACAACUCUCCAUCGCUGAAUCAGCCACAUCCACCACACAAUCUAACACUAAUAUACCUGCUACUUCUACCACACAAUCCAGUACUAAUAGAGAUAGACCUAUUACUUCUAAUACACAACUCUACAUCGCUGAAUCAGCUACAUCCACCACACAAUCUGGCACUAAUCAACCCGCCAUAUUUACCACACAACCAACAACAACUUCACAAAUCACUCCAUCUAGACACACUAAUGUUCUGCUUAGCUUUUCUAGCUCUUCUAGCUCUUCUAGCUCUCCUAUUAUCCAAGAAGAAUAUGAACGUGAUACCAUGAGAAGAAAUAGAAAAUUCGAAGAAUUAGAAAACGUAAUUAAUGAGCUUCAUGGUGUCACAUUACGGCAAGAUCGUAACAUAAUGGGCAUAACGGACCAAAUCAAUUAUUUAAUGUCCUCCGUUAGCACUUUGAUUGACGAUAUUGACGAAUUGUAUGAUUUAAGUCAAUCUGAUGACCAAGACUCGUUUGAGUGGGUGAUGGAAGAAUCUUCAACUAAUGCAUUACGAAGAUACUUUUCCAUAAAGAAUGGUAAACGUACUAAUAAGUAUGAUUUAGAUGAGUUAAGAAAACUGCUAAACAAAAGCGAUCAUGAAAGUUCCGAUGCUGAGGAAAGGGAUGAAAAUAAGGACCUUCUGGAUUGGGAAAUGACUGAAAGUGAUGACGAAUGUGAUGAAGAAA